CGGGCUCUGCGCGGCCCUCAUGAGGCGCGCUCGCUGACACCUGAAGUGCGCCCGCUCUCGGUCCUCCUGGGGACCGCGGGGCCGUGCGGCCCGCCGCCUCUGGCGGUUGAAGUCGUCGUUGUGCGGGCCCGCAGCAGCCGACCAUGGAGAAGGCCGGGCGGGACGGCGAUGGCGCCCCGCGGGGGCCCGUGCUGCACAUCGUGGUGGUCGGCUUUCACCAUAAGAAGGGCUGCCAGGUUGAAUUCUCUUACCCGCCCCUGAUUCCAGGGGAUGGACAUGACAGCCACACUCUACCUGAAGAAUGGAAGUACUUGCCAUUCCUUGCCUUACCAGACGGCGCACACAACUACCAAGAAGAUACUGUGUAUUUUCACUUACCACCUAGAACUGGAAAUGGAGCCACAGUAUAUGGUAUCUCUUGCUACCGACAAAUUGAAGCCAAGGCAUUGAAAGUAAGGCAAGCAGAUGUCACCAGAGAAACUGUUCAGAAAAGUGUCUGUGUUCUAAGCAAGCUGCCUCUCUAUGGGUUACUUCAAGCAAAACUUCAGCUCAUUACACAUGCAUAUUUUGAAGAAAAGGAUUUUUCCCAAAUUUCCAUUCUAAAGGAGCUUUACGAACAUAUGAAUAGCUCCUUGGGAGGAGCUUCAUUAGAAGGAUCCCAGGUAUACCUUGGUCUAUCUCCUCGAGAUCUUGUCCUUCAUUUUCGACACAAGGUCUUAAUCCUAUUUAAAUUGAUUCUUCUUGAGAAAAAGGUUCUCUUUUACAUUUCUCCAGUAAAUAAAUUGGUGGGUGCACUGAUGACUGUGUUAUCCCUUUUUCCAGGCAUGAUUGAACAUGGUCUCAGUGACUGUUCUCAGUAUAGACCCCGAAAAAGUAUGUCAGAAGAUGCUGGGCUUCAGGAAACAAAUCCUCCUGCAGAUGACUUUGUUUCUGUGUCUGCACCUGACAUGUCAAAUAGCAUCCCAGGAACUGUUAAGAAAACCAUGACAGGAAAUCGUGGAGGUGAUGCUGUCAUCAGGACCGAAGAACCUUUAUUCCAAGUAGGAAGUGACAGCAGCAAAGGACCAGAACCCAAUAACACCAAUCAGUUUUUGAAGCCUCCUUCCCGCCCAUCUCCAGAGUCUUCAGAAAGUGACUGGGAGACCUUGGAUCCUAGCGUAUUAGAGGACCCCAACUUGAAAGAAAGGGACCAGGUGGAGUCAGAACAAACAAACUUAUUCUCAAAGGACUCUGUGCUCGCAGACAGUCCUCCAAUUACUGUACAACCUCAAGCUAACACAGGGCAGGUGGUCCUGAUACCAGGACUGAUAUCAGGUUUAGAAGAGGACCAGUAUGGUAUGCCCCUGGCCAUCUUCACAAAGGGCUAUCUCUGUUUGCCUUAUAUGGCAUUGCAGCAGCAUCAUCUUCUCUCUGAUGUCGCCGUUCGGGGAUUUGUUGCUGGAGCUACUAACAUCCUUUUUCGACAACAGAAACAUCUCAGUGAUGCCGUUGUGGAAGUAGAAGAAGCUCUGGUCCAGAUCCAUGAUCCAGAACUCAGGAAGCUGCUUAACCCAACCACUGCAGACCUAAGGUUCGCAGACUACCUAGUGAGGCACGUGACUGAGAACCGUGAUGACGUCUUUUUGGAUGGCACAGGCUGGGAGGGAGGUGACGAGUGGAUCCGGGCCCAGUUUGCAGUCUACAUCCAUGCACUGCUGGCUGCUACACUGCAGUUUGAUAAUGAAAAGAUACUAUCGGACUACGGGAUGACCUUUGUUACAGCUUGGAAGAACACACACAACUACAGGGUGUGGAACAGCAACAAGCACCCGGCACUUGCAGAAAUAAAUCCUAACCAUCCGUUUCAAGGCCAGUACUCGGUGUCAGACAUGAAGUUAAGAUUCUCACAUUCUGUUCAGAACAGCGAACGUGGCAAAAAAAUUGGAAAUGUCAUGGUCACGACCAGCCGGAAUGUUGUACAAACAGGAAAAGCUGUUGGCCAGUCAGUUGGAGGAGCUUUUUCCAGUGCAAAGACAGCCAUGUCUUCGUGGCUGUCUACUUUCACCAACUCCACCCCUCAAAGUCUCACCGAGCUGCCCGAUGGGAAGCCCUGAGCAAGGCGUCCGGAGGCUGCUGUUGCUUUCUUGGGUUGAAGUGUUCCCUGUUCAUCUGCUGCUCCCACACUGCUCCUCGUCAGUGGCCACAGGUCCAUGGCAGAGGACCCAGAUGUCAAUCUGUUUACACGAAUGAUUGCCCUCUGUCCAAAUGAAUGUGACAGGAUGCUGGAAAAUGAAAUCACAACCAUUGCAGGGACAGUUUCCAGGUUGGGGUUUAAUUCGACUACUUUUAUUUCAGUCUGAGCCUGAUUAAAACACACAAGGAAAUGAACCUGGUAAUGAAUUCUGAAUUCUGAUAUUGUACGUUUGUUUACUUUAGAAAAGUUUGUACUAAUGUAAAUUUUGCUUUGUUUUGCUGUUUGAAUAUCCACAUGGUCACUGUAAUUUAUAUUUGCUAAAAUUAAGUUAUGUUACUAUUUUAAUUACUCUAAAGUUAGCCCUAAAAUGUGCUUAUGAGGUUAAGGGACCACAGAGCCCAGCCCCCUUUGCUGAGUUAUAUAAGAUUUUGUUUGUUUGUUUGCUGCUCACAAAACACAUUGAUCAAUUCACUUCCUCCCAGAAACGUGGAAGUCAGAGGUGGUAGCUCUGAGAUUUUCAACUUGUUCUUUCCAAGUCCUUAAAAGCUAACAAGGAGGCAUCAAGGAAUGUCGCUGUGCUCUGUUUCUUUCCUAAGUAUGCAAGUAGGUGUACAGAGACACAGCAUAGUGACGGUUAUGAUGGUGUUCACAAGUUUAACAUGAAUGUGUGCAUAGGGCAAUAUUCUAAAAGACCUAUGUGUUAGUUUUGUCAACUCUAGUCAUAUCGUAAUGUUUUACAAGCAUUUUUUAAUCCAAAGUUUGUGCCUUCUAGUUUCUUCUUUUGCAUAGUUUUCCGUUGGGUGUUUACAGACCUACAGGUUUUCUUGUCUUAUUCUUCAUAAAGUUUUUCAAGGCACUUGGCCUUGCUGCUUCCCUGACAGAAAUUCCUCUGUAAUCAGUCCCCACCUCCCUCUAAAAGUAUUUAUAAAAGAAAAGCAAGAGGAUCCAUAAAUAUGAAAUAGAAACUGCAUCUUAGCGCAAAUUUAGAAAAGCAAGAGGAAAGAGAAGAAAACUGCAGCUUCACCUCAGCUCUCUCUGUCACCAAGGAUAUCUGGCUUCCUGCUAGACACAUGCCCGUGUGUGCUGUCUGCUGGUGAUGUUACACAGCUGGACCUCGUGUGCUGCCAUGCUGAGCUCUCAUGCACUUUUCCAGGGGACUUUGAAUGGACGUUCUCAGGGAGUACUUACGGAGGACAAAGGAUGCUUGAAGAAUACAUUGUGAGUAACAUCUACCUAUGCUAUAAAGAGUGCUGUGAAAAUGAGGGAUUGAAUUAAGAAGGACACUGAUUAUCCCCUAUGAAAUGUUUUUGUGAGUAACAUCUACCUAUGCUAUAAAGAGUGCUGUGAAAAUGAGGGAUCUAAUUAAGAAGGACACUGAUUAUCCCCUAUGAAAUGUUUCUGUAAGAAACGUCUUCCUGGGGCUUGUGAAGUGGACACAGGGACAUAAUGUAAAUAUCCCUAAAAUUUCCAGUUUGUGUUUUAACGCCCUGCAGCAAGUCUAAAAGCGUACUUCCAUUAGCGCAUAAUAACUCAAGAAUUCAGUGAUGAUAAAUGAACGGACUUAAUGUGAGAACUCCAUUAACUCCGCUUCUGCUGGGAAAGUUAACCUUCUCAGGAAAUAUUUGGAGAGGAGAAAGUAAUACCAAGCAAAACUUUAAAAGGUAUUUUAAUCAGUGUUGCGCUGAAACUCUUAAGAAUUCAUCGUAGCAUCUUGUUUCAUGAGGCCACACUGUUAGUUGGUGUGUGGAAGUGUGUUAGCGUGCAGUUGCUGCCUUUCAACUCUCAGAAGCUCACAGUGCUAGGAGCACUGCGAGGGGUCAACAGCCGCCUGUGGGUUUGUCGUGUUGUUUGUACUGUUUUAUGGUUGCGUAAACUCCAUCUCUCCCUCUCUGAAAGCAGUCCAACCCAUACUUUGGAACCCUGCUGAAAAAAAUAAUUACAUGAAGUUUAGCUAUGGUUUAGGACCACUUAUUACCCAUUUGAAUAUACACUUUAAUUGAACUGUCUAUUAAUACUUCUGGAAACCCUGAUGGUGUAGUGGUUAAGUGCUACGGCUGCUAACCAAAAGAUCAGCAGUUCAAAUCCACCAGGUGCUCCUUGGAAACUCUAUGGGGCAGUUCUACUCUGUCCUAUAGGGUCUCUAUGAGUCGGGAUUGGCUUGAGGGAAUGGGUUUUUGGUUUGAUUAUAUUUCUAGUUAAGAGUUCACCUCUUAAAGUGAUCCUUUAACUGACUUCCAACAUAAAAUGAGCAUUUUGGAAGAUAGAACUUUCAUCAUAGAAACAGCAAAAGGAUCACACCUCUGUUUCCUUCAGGUUCUAGGAGGUGUUGGGAGUUUUCAGGAAUGGUAGGCCAUUACAUUGUUGGCAAGGGCCCCCAGGGCAGCCAGCACAGUUGAAGGCAGGAAGACUGUCCCUUGUCCUUGAACCAACACACUUCAGGCAUAGGUUCCAGACUCCGGCUUAGUACCAGCCUAGAAGCAGUAGCUUCCCUGGCUUUGUGAGCCAUCAGUACCGCCUUUGGACCAUCUUCUGGCUGUAUCACUGGGAAAGGUAUGUGUUUUGGUGGCCAUACUUGCUCCAGUGCUUCCCAAGGCUUUUGUAUUUAAGAACUAAGUAUUUGUAAACAGGACAGGCCUGAGGGAGCUAGGGUCAGCUAGCCUUCUCUCGGAGUGCCAGGCACACAGACUGCGUCUGUAGCGUAAGUGCUGUCCAGGUGACUUAAAAAUGGUGUUUGGAAAAAUACCUGUUUACUUUAAUUUCUACUAGGCACUGUAGUGACAGUGACAUAGGGAAGGAAGAGAGAAUCAACACUACCAGGUGUCGUGGGCUAAAUGAGUAGAAAAAAGUUGCACAUCUGCUUAAGGUGUAGCUUUAUUUUGCAUUUGUGUUUAGCUCAUGUAACCAGUAUGAAUAGUCUUGUUCAAAGUUCAUUAGUGAUACACUAGGCCCAGAGGCUUGAAACAAUUCUUGUCUACUUUUUGCUUCAAGAAACACAGCAGCAAUAUACUUUUUGGGCAAGCCAGAGUAUAUGACCUGACUUCUCCGACCUUGUUUUUCAAGUUCUAGAUUAAGCAUUUAAAUUUUUUUAGAAAGCCAAGGAGAAAGCAGAUAAGGAAGGGAAAGGAAAACUGAGAGGAUGUUGCAAGGCUGAGGAACAAAGCACUUAAAAGCUGAAUGAAAAUAUUUUGAGAGCAGUAUUUAAUAUGCUAAAGGUAAUAAGAAUUAGAAAGAAGUUUUAAUUUUGCUAGUUUCAAGUUUUAAAAUGAAACUACAACAUUUUUUCCCUGACAGGCAGGUUUUACUUUUACUUGAUAUCUUCUGGAGAAAAGUUUUGUAUAGGUUACCGCCAGUGGUACUUCUCUCUCCGGUGCUGGUGACAAGUUUGGGGGCGCUCAGCUCUGCAAGGAGCUCAUGACACUGACUGGUCCUGAGCCGCUUGAACCUUAACUGUUCAGCCUGUUGCCUGUCAGGGAGUUGGUUGGGACUCUUGGACUACAUCACUAUGGAUUUCCUGGUCCUUUGGUCACAGGUGGCACUGGCAUCUAUGGCUUUUCCACCGAGGUCCUCGGUAGCCUUUAAACAUGGCAGAGAAGACACCACCCGUAUUUCUAGAAAAUGAUCGUCAUUCCAUGUAGCACAAUGUGCUGCUAGGAGUUUUAUCCUUCCAGGUCUUUGGACUUCAUAACAGUGGAAUCAUUUUUUCACAAUUUUCAACAUUCCAUAAACAUUUGUCAAGGACAAAGAAAAGGAAUGAGGAUCCUUAUUCUUUUCAUAUAAAUAACUUUGUACACAUGACUUUCUGCUUACAUUAUGAAGAAACUAGCUCACUUGUAUGGCAACUCCAAAAUUGAAAGAUUGUGCACGUAUAAGGGUUUAGAUAUAUUUUGUAAAACUCUAAUGCAUUUGUAUUUCUGUGCUGUUCUGAAGUUUACCUUUUUAUUUACAUUAAUUAAAGAUAUAGAAACUAUAUAUUUAAAUCAUGUAAACGGGACACAAUUUAGGGGUUUUUUUCCCAAUCUUAUUUUUCAUCAGCUUCUCAAACACACGUAGUAUGCUGCUUAAAUUUUGUGUGUGUGUGCAAUAUAAACAUUUGAACAUUUCAGUCAGGUACUGAGCCAGGAAAGGUAAUUGAAGUUUUCAAAAAGCUUCUGUGCUUAGAAAACAUUUUUUUUAAUAUGAAUAAUUUAUAGCUGGAAAAUAGGAUCAAGACUUCUGUGUUUUGGGCUCCGUGGUCAUUGAUUCCUAAAUUCAGGAAGUAUUUGAUUAGAGUUGGUGAAGGCAUUUAACAGUUACAAAAAUAGUUUAGAUAUUUGAGAUUAAAGGCUUUCCACAAACCCUUUCUAAGAAAGUUUUCUAAGGAGAUUUAGCUGUGACACAUGUUUUGAUCAGAAAAGUGGUUUCUCUCUGCUGUAGUAGUUUUACAAUUUGUACCAGUUCUUUGUUUCUGUUGUCAUUUGUUCAAAAAAAAUGUUAAAAUACAAAUCACAUCCAAUCAUACUGAAUUAUAAAACUUCUACUGUUUCUUUAAUUUGAGAAUAAAAUUAUCUUGUUUGUCCUGCAUACAGUCGUACUUGACCUGUCUUUCUAGAAGUACCCUGCAUAUUGUCAGUGGGGUUUCUGGCUGCUUCACAGUUGGACAGCGGUGCCAGCUUCAUUUAUUAAGCACCAGUGCUCAUUUAAUCUCCCAUGGUGGCAUGGCUUACAGGAUGGUGGCAUGGCUUACAGGAUGGUGGCAUGGCUUACAGGAUGGUGGCAUGGCUUACAGGAUGGUGGCAUGGCUUACAGGAUGGUGGCAUGGCUUACAGGAUGGUGGCAUGGCUUACAGGAUGGUGGCAUGGCUUACAGGAUGGUGGCAUGGCUUACAGGAUGGUGGCAUGGCUUACAGGAUGGUGGCAUGGCUUACAGGAUGGUGGCAUGGCUUACAGGAUGGUGGCAUGGCUUACAGGAUGGUGGCAUGGCUUACAGGAUGGUGGCAUGGCUUACAGGAUGGUGGCAUGGCUUACAGGAUGGUGGCAUGGCUUACAGGAUGGUGGCAUGGCUUACAGGAUGGUGGCAUGGCUUACAGGAUGGUGGCAUGGCUUACAGGAUGGUGGCAUGGCUUACAGGAUGGUGGCAUGGCUUACAGGAUGGUGGCAUGGCUUACAGGAUGGUGGCAUGGCUUACAGGAUGGUGGCAUGGCUUACAGGAUGGUGGCAUGGCUUACAGGAUGGUGGCAUGGCUUACAGGAUGGUGGCAUGGCUUACAGGAUGGUGGCAUGGCUUACAGGAUGGUGGCAUGGCUUACAGGAUGGUGGCAUGGCUUACAGGAUGGUGGCAUGGCUUACAGGAUGGUGGCAUGGCUUACAGGAUGGUGUCUCGGCUUUUAAGGUGGUGACCCCUGAGGAAGAAUUACUGUGGGUGUGGGAGCCCACCAGGCUCUGGACUGCUAAGUGCUCGGUGCUGCACACAGUACAAGCAAACAGAGGUUGGUCCUGGGAUCGUAUCUUGUCACAUGCUUCACUAACAGAAACUCCCAGGGCAGAGGACAUAAUCCUGAGCAGCCCAUUUUCCUACCCGGACUGGUGCAGUGAGUUCAGGGGAGUUGGGCUGGUCAAGGGAGAAGACAGGUUGAUGAGAUGGCAGCAUUGCACGACAAACUGUUUAUUGGGGUUGGGGGGGGACAGCAGGAGGUCUGCCAGAGGCAGACAGCCGUAGCCACCACAGUGGGAGGAGGUCGAGGAAACUCCCAGGGAUGAGGCAAAGGGGGUGGGGCUUAUACAUGCUUGGGCCAUGUCCUGCAGCCCUGCGGGGAGCAGCUGGUCAGAGAACUUCAGAGGACAACAGCAGCUCGUCGUCCUUGCAACUACAGGCUUUAUCUAUCUGUGGCCACCAGAUGUUGGGCACCGUUUCACAGGGGUAUGUAAAGCAGGCAGGCUCUAAGUGACUAAAUAUCUGUUUAAAACAGUUGAAUGUGUUCCAAUUUGAGUAUGGCAUCAGUGGGCUCUUUUGGGGCUAGCAGGCCUCAGUUUGCUAUAAAGAAGUAGACAACCUGGGGCUAAUACACAAAGGCCAUCUUUGGCUCAGUUGUAUAACAACUGGUAGCCUUCAAAAUAGCCCUUGACAUUUCCGAUGAAGAUUCUUAGUACAUUUUCAUAUUUAUUUCCAUGUACUGUGGUUUCCUUACAGCUAGCUAACCCUUUUUUGUUGUUCUAUACAGUGGCUUUGUUAGAACCCUCCUCCAUUGCUGGUGGGAAUAUAAAAUGGUAUAGCCAUUGUGGAAAAUGAUUUGGAAGGAAAAAUUAAACAGAAUUACUGUAUGACCCAGCAGCUCCACUCCUAAAUAUAUACCAAAGGGACUUGAAAGCAGGGACACAAACACAUACUUGUACACCAGUGUUAAUUAUAGCGUGAGUUACAGUAGAUAAAAGGUGGAAGCAACACAAGUGCAUCAACAGAUGAACGGAUAGACAAAAUGUACAUACGUACAUGGGAUACAUACCAAAAACACCCCAAAACCAAACCCAUUGCCAUCGAGUCAGUUCUGACUCAUAGCAACCAUAUAGGACAGAGUAGAGCUGCCCCAUAGGGUUUCCAAGGAGCAGCUGGUAGAUUGAAACUGCCAACAUGUUGGUUAGCAGCUAAAUGGUUAACCACUGUGCUACCAGGGCUCCAUACAUACAUACAAUGGGGUAUUUAUUCAGCCAUAAAUAGAAAUGGCAUUCUUAUAUAUGCUACAAUGUGGAUGAACCUUGAAAACAUUAUGCUGAAUGAAAUAAGUCAGACACAAAAAGACGUAUGAUCUCACUUAACAUGAAAUAUCUAGAAUAGGCAAGUGUGUAGAAACCAAAGUUUAUUACUGAUUACCAGAGGAUGAGGGAGGGGGAAUAGAGAGUUACUGCUUAAGGCAUACUGGGUUUCUGUUUAGGGAGAUGAAAAAUAUCUUUUGGAAACAGAUAGUGGUGACAGUUGUAUAACAUGGCAAAUGUGAUUAAUGUCACUGAAUUGUACACUUAAGACUGAAACAGCAAAUUUUUUGUGAUUAUUUUACCACAAUUAAAAACAACAGCAACAGCAUAA